AUGCGACUCAAGAAAAUAGUCUACCCGUUCACAGAUGCAGGCUACCUCGGUACUACUAAAGCCCUGAGGGCAUUGAUCUCGACAGCGUGCCAUCUCUUUGGAGGCGCGCUCUGCGCGCUCGGCUUCACGCUAAACGACUUCUGCAGCCCGGAACAAUUCAACAAGACUCGCGUUCCAGUGUACAUGGGUCACAUGCCAAUGGGGACAACUGUGCAAAACCUUCUUCAUUUCCACCAGCUCUACAAAGCCCGAAAUUUCGUCAUGUACGACCACGGUCCAACCGAGAAUCUUCGGCGAUAUGGACAGAGGACGGCCCCACCAUAUCCACUGGAACGCAUACGUUUACCAGUGGCCUUGUUUUGGUCACAUGGAGACACCUUGGCUGGAGCGAGCGACGUGUCGACAAUGGCUGCCGCUCUUGGUUCGAACGUCAUAAUGAACUACGUGGUUCCUGUGCCGACCUUCCGCCACCUAGACUUCGCCACUGGAUAUAGGGCUAAUGAUAUCGUACAUAAUGUUGCCCUGGAACUCAUUCGAAGUCGCAUUGACCCUUAAACCGUCAAAGGAAUGCAACUUAACAGUAAAAAUAUAGAUACAUUAACGUGUUCUUUGAAUGUACCGUGCUCACGGUUUUAAACGCGGCAGGCAAAUUUUGGGUAGAACACCCUUUCUGUGCAAUUACUCGAGAGUACCCUGCCUUGUUGCUUCGAAUCUGGUCACGAAAGGUGACUUGGACUCUGAUCUAAACGUACGAGUCGAGAUUGCGCCGAUGUCACACAAACUACCGACGGUGGAAACAAAAGCAUGCGCAUUGGUUAGGCCUAAAUUGUCGCGUUUCAAUCCGUGAGCACUGUACAUCGCGCGCGUGGAUAAUG